GACAGUGUUAAUAAUACAAAUAGUAAUAAUAAUACUAAUAGCAAUAAUAACACUAAUAAUAAUAAUAAUAAUACUAAUAAUAAUACUGAUAAUACUAAAAAUAGUAAGACUACUAAUAAUAGUGAUAAUACUAAUAAUAGUAAUAAUAAUACUAAUAGUAAUGAUAAUAAUAAUAGUAAUAAUACUAAUAAUAAUGAUAAUAAUAAUAAUAAUAAUAAUAACAAUAAUAAUAAUAUUAAUAAUAAUACUAAUAGUAAUAAUAACACUAAUAAUAAUAAUAAUAAUAACAAUAAUAAUAAUAAUAAUAAUAAUAAUAAUAAUAAUAAUAAUAAUAAUAAUAAUAAUAAUAAUAAUAAUAAUAAUAAUAAUAAUAAUAAUAAUAAUAAUAAUAAUAAUAAUAACAAUAAUGAUAAUAAUAAUAAUACUAAUAGUAAUAAUAACACUAAUAAUAAUAAUAAUAAUAAUAAUAAUAAUAAUAAUAAUAAUAAUAAUAAUAAUAAUAAUAAUAAUAAUAAUAAUAAUAAUAAUAAUAAUAAUAAUAAUAAUAAUAAUAAUGAUAAUAAUAAUAAUAAUAAUAAUAGUAAUAAUAACACUAAUAAUAAUAAUAACACUAAUAAUAAUAAUAAUAAUAAUAAUAAUAAUAAUAAUAAUAAUAAUAAUAAUAAUAAUAAUAAUAAUAAUAAUAAUAAUAUUAAUAAUAAUACUAAUAGUAAUAAUAACACUAAUAAUAAUAAUAAUAAUAAUAAUAAUAAUAAUAAUAAUAAUAAUAAUAAUAAUAAUAAUAAUAAUAAUAGUAAUAAUACUAAUACUAAUAAUAGUAAGACUACUAAUAAUAGUGAUAAUACUAAUAAUAGUAAUAAUGAUGAUAAGAAUACUAAUAAUAAUACUAAUAAUAAUAAUAAUAACAAUAAUACUAAUAGUAAUAAUAACGCUAAUAAUAAUAAUAAUGAUAAUAAUAACAAUAACACUAAUAAUAAUAAUAGUAAUAAUGCUAAUAAUAGUGAUAAUAAUACUAAUGAUAGUAAUAAUAAUAAUAAUAAUAAUAAUAAUAAUAAUGAUAAU